GCGUCAGAAAUGCGGUUUCGGCUGCAGGGAUAAUGACGAAAUACUUCCAGAUUCAUCGAUCGCGAUCUCAACGCGUUACCGUUAGUGUUACUGUAUACCACAAGAAAACACGACAUCAAUCACCUCGAUCAACUCCUACUUCAUACAGGAAGGACCCCUCAACACCAGGCUCAGCUAGCCAUCACAACCAAAAAUGUCCUACUACGACAUCGACUCCAUCCUCACAGAUGCCCAAGUAAACAUCCCCCCUCCUCACCCCUCGCCCCACCACCACCAAACUAACAACCCCCCCAGAAAGUCCCCUGCACCUUCGAACUCGACGUGCCCUCCCUAGGCUACUUAGACAAUAACCCAGGGCAUACCCUAAAAACAAACACCCGCGUCGACCUCCCCCUCUGGCUGGCCGAAAUGCUCGCCGUAUCCGGCGCCUCCUCCACACCCCUCAUCACGCUGGACCUGCCUCCCUGCCUCUCCCCACGCGUCACGAACGCCCUCAAGGCCGACGCAAAAUCGGUCGAUAUCCGCGCCCUCGCGCAGCAUUUCUACGGCCUGGGCGUGAGGAUCCUCGAGCUGUUUGAGGAGGAGGAGGUGUGUGAUGUGUUGAUGGAGAGUUGGCGGGAGAGAGCGGCGGAGAUUAGUGAUCAUGCGGGGAAUGCGGGACAGGGUCAGAGGGGGGGAAANGGGGGGGGGGGGGGGGGAGGGGUGGGGAGUGAUGGCGUGGAGUUUUUGAGGGGUUUGGAUGAGGGGGAGAGGGCGCUUUUUAGGGCGCAGCAUGAGGGGUCGAAGGGGGUUAGGGGGUGGAUGGGGGAGUCGAAGAAGGGGUGA